AUGCGUUUAAGCGAUCGCGAGCUGGUAGUACUGACCUUUGAGGCUCUACUCGCCUUAUUGGGAGUAAUUGGAAACAUUUCAGUGGUCAUUGUCAUAAGUCGCCUUGGAAAGAAAAAACAGCCAGUGGAUUGCUACGUGCAAAAUUUAGCCAUUGCAGACCUUGGUAUCCUGCUUAUAGCGUUACCGCUCGUCAUCAUCAGAAUUGCAAUGCCUUCGACCUGGCCCUUUGGUCGGUUUGCCUGCCUCUACUUUUACCCUGUGGUGGAAAUUUUCUACGGCGUAUCUGUGUGGUGCAUCGUGGUAAUAGCCAUUGAGCGCUAUCAGAGAAUAGUUUCAUUGAAAAUAAUUGGCCAAAAGAGCCGGAACAAAACUUCUUUACAGAGAGCUAAGACUAUUGCCGCCGGUGUUUGGGUGACAUCUUUUCUAAUAUUCUGCCUUCCACUUUACUUUUUUAUUGACUACGUUCACCUUCCAGGUGUAGGUACAUUUUGCGGUCUGUUCAAGUGGGAAAAGUCCUUAGCGACAGGAUAUAUGGUCUGUUUGACUCUGCUAACAUAUCUAUUACCUCUUGCUGUAAUAUCAUUUACUUACAUAUCUAUAUCGCGUGUGUUGAGACGGAGCAGUAAUUUCGUCAUAAGAAUGAAAGAGGUUAACCUUGUGGCGAUGUCACAGGUAGACAGACGUGUUUACCUAACACAUGCAAAAAGCGCUCGCCUGAGACAAAACAUCCGAGCGAAGAAAAUUCUUAGUCCUCUUGUUUUGACAUUUGCGGCUACAAUGCUCCCUUUAAACGUCUUUCGUCUGACCAUGCUGUUUUGGCCAGCAUUCUCCGAGAAAGAAUACUAUAUGCAUCUUCUUAAUUCAGUGGUAGUUUCCACGAUAAUCAACUCGGCGGCAAAUCCUGUAAUUUAUUCGGUAGUUAGCAGAGACUUUCGUAAGGAGAUAACAAGUUUAUUG